AUGGCAUCAGAACAGCUGUUACUGUAUGUAGAUGGUGGCGGUUACACCCUAGAAAUGCACGGGCCUGUGUUCUGUCACAGGAGUACACCAGCCUUGGAUCGAGGCCCCUGUCAAAGAUUCUAUGCAUUCUUAGCAUUGCUACACGGAAGAAGCCCAUUCAGACUUCCAGCAGUUUUGUACGAAUGGCUAGAAGCAGAUCGUCAUGGCAAGAGCCAAGAUACUGCAGAUACAACUUCAGGUGAAAAUUUUGACCAGAGUCCUUUGAGAAGAACAUUCAAGUCCAAAGUUCUGGCCCACUACCCUCAGAACAUAGAAUGGAACCCUUUUGAUCAGGAUGCAGUGAACAUGCUGUGCAUGCCGAAAGGGCUGUCUUUCAGGACACAGGCUGACAGUAAAGAACCUCAGUUCCACUCCUUUAUAAUCACCCGGGAGGACGGUUCUCGAACCUACGGCUUUGUCCUCACUUUUUAUGAGGAAGUUACAAGUAAGCAGAUCUGCACCGCCAUGCAGACGCUGUACCAGAUGCACAAUGCUGAGCAGUGCAGCAGCGUCUGCGCCUCGUCCUCCUGCAGUAUGGACUCGCUGGCCAGCAGCAUCGACGAGGGUGAUGCCACCUCCCUUCUGAAACUCCAGCGAUACAACUCGUACGACAUCAACAGAGACACCUUGUAUGUUUCAAAAAGUAUAUGCUUGAUCACACCUCUGCCCUUCAUGCAAGCCUGCAAGAAGUUCCUCCUUCAGCUUUACAAGGCCGUGAGCUCACAGCAGCCGCCGCCCUUGCCCCUGGAGAGCUACAUCCACAAUAUUCUCUACGAGGUGCCCCUCCCACCUCCUGGGAGGUCACUGAAAUUUUACGGGGUUUAUGAGCCUGUCAUCUGCCAGAGGCCUGGGCCCAAUGAACUCCCUCUUUCUGACUACCCUCUGCGAGAGGCCUUUGAGCUCCUGGGGCUGGAGAACCUGGUGCAAGUGUUCACCUGUGUUCUUCUAGAGAUGCAAAUCCUUCUCUACUCACAAGAUUACCAGCGCCUGAUGACAGUGGCAGAGGGCAUCACCACGCUCUUGUUCCCAUUUCAGUGGCAGCAUGUUUAUGUACCCAUCCUCCCUGCCUCUCUGCUACAUUUUCUUGAUGCCCCUGUCCCUUACCUGAUGGGUCUUCAGUCAAAAGAAGGAACUGACCGGUCUAAGUUAGAACUUCCUCAAGAGGCUAAUUUGUGCUUCGUGGAUAUUGACAGCCAUUUUAUUGAACUGCCUGAAGAAUUCCCACAGUUCCCCAAUAAAGUGGAUUUUAUCCAAGAGCUAUCUGAAGUUCUUCUCCAAUUUGGGAUUCCUCCUGAGGGCAGCCUCCAGUGUAGUGAGAGUGCCACCAAACUGAAGAAUAUGGUUUUGAAAGAUUUGGUUAAUGACAAAAAGAACGGCAAUGUCCCCACCAAUAACAUCAGCGUGUAUGAGAUACUGAAGGGCAAUGAGACAAUAGCCCGCCUCCAGGCUCUUGCCAAGAGGACCGGUGUGACUGUAGAAAAAAUGGACCUCUCAGCUUCUCUGAGUGAGAAAGGAAAGGAUUUAAAACUGCAGUGUGAAGAGGCGGAAUUGAGGGACUACCAGCUCAACGUGCAGCUUCGAGAGGUCUUUGCCAACCGCUUUACACAGAUGUUUGCCGAUUAUGAAGCGUUUGUCAUUCAGACUGCACAGGACAUGGAGUCCUGGCUGACCAACCGAGAACAGAUGCAGAACUUUGACAAAGCUUCUUUCCUCUCUGACCAGCCGGAGCCGUGCCUACCGUUUCUUUCACGCUUCAUUGAGACACAGAUGUUUGCCACCUUUAUUGAUAAUAAGAUCAUGUCUCAGUGGGAAGAGAAGGACCCUCUGCUUCGGGUCUUUGACUCUCGGAUUGAGAAGAUGAGGUUGUACAGUGUGAGGGCCCCUACCCUGCGGACGUCGAUAUACCAGAAAUGCAGCAGUUUAAAAGAAGCAGCCCAGUCAAUUGAGCAAAGACUGAUGAAAAUGGAUCAUACUGCAAUCCACCCACAUCUGCUUGAUAUGAAAAUUGGUCAAGGCAAAUACGAGCAAGGGUUCUUUCCAAAGUUACAGUCCGGUGUCUUGGCAACAGGACCAGCCAGUAACAAUCGCUGGGUGAGCAGGAGCGCCACAGCACAGCGCAGGAAGGACCGCCUUCGCCAGCACUCUGAGCACAUCGGGCUGGACAGUGACCUACGGGAGAAAUAUAUGCAAGAAGCACGAACCAUAGGAAAAAACCUGAGGCAACCAAAACUGUCAGAUCUCUCUCCUGCUGUGAUUGCACAAACCAACUGGAAGUUUGUAGAAGGCUUACUAAAAGAAUGCAGAAUGAAGACCAAACGCAUGUUGGUAGAGAAGAUGGGACAUGAAGCAGUGGAACUGGGCCAUGGCGAAGCAAACAUCACUGGCUUGGAAGAAAACACCUUGAUCGCUAGCCUCUGUGACCUCCUGGAGAGGAUAUGGAGCCAUGGCCUACAGGUCAAGCAGGGGAAGUCUGCCUUGUGGUCACAUUUAAUUCAAUUUCAGGAUAGAGAAGAGAAACAAGAACACCUCACAGAUUCACCAGUUGCCCUUGGACCAGAAAGAAGAAAGUCUGACUCAGGAGUUGCGUUACCCACCCUCAGGGUCUCCCUUAUUCAAGACAUGAGGCAUGUUCAGAACAUGAGUGAGAUCAAGACUGAUGUUGGGCGAGCUCGGGCUUGGAUCAGGCUGUCUUUAGAAAAGAAGCUUUUGUCCCAGCAUCUCAAGCAGCUGCUCUCCAACCAACUACUGACCAAGAAACUUUAUAAGCGCUAUGCUUUCCUGCGCUGUGAAGAAGAACGAGAGCAGUUUCUUUACCAUCUGCUUUCCCUCAAUGCUGUGGACUAUUUCUGCUUUACCAGUGUGUUUACCACGAUCAUGAUUCCUUAUAGAUCAGUGAUCAUUCCAAUAAAAAAGCUGAGCAAUGCAAUGAUUACAUCAAACCCGUGGAUCUGUGUUUCAGGAGAGCUGGGUGACACCGGGGUAAUGCAGAUUCCAAAAAACCUGCUUGAGAUGACUUUCGAGUGCCCGAACCUGGGAAAGCUCACUACAGUUCAGAUUGGCCAUGAUAACUCUGGACUGUUAGCUAAAUGGCUAGUGGAUUGUGUCAUGGUCAGAAAUGAAAUCACAGGACACACAUAUAGGUUCCCUUGUGGGCGGUGGCUUGGGAAAGGCAUUGAUGAUGGCAGCUUGGAGAGAAUUCUUAUUGGAGAAUUGAUGACACCAGCUUCAGAUGAAGACCUGGGAAAGCAGUGUCGGACUCCACCACAGCAGAAAUCUCCCACGACAACCAGGAGACUGAGUAUUACCUCACUAACAGGAAAGAGCACCAAACCCAAUGCUGGACAGAUCCAGGAAGGGAUUGGAGAAGCUGUGAACAACAUUGUGAAGCAUUUUCACAAACCUGAAAAAGAGAGAGGAAGCCUCACAGUGCUGCUGUGUGGAGAAAAUGGCCUGGUUGCUGCACUUGAACAAGUUUUUCAUCAUGGGUUCAAGUCUGCCCGCAUCUUUCACAAGAAUGUCUUCAUCUGGGACUUCGUAGAGAAAGCAGUGGCUUAUUUUGAAACCACUGACCAGAUUUUAGACAACGAAGCUGAUGUGCUCGUUCAGAAAUCAUCCUGCAAAACCUUCUGCCACUAUGUGAAUGCUAUUAAUACUGCACCCAGGAACAUUGGGAAGGACGGCAAAUUCCAGAUUCUAGUUUGCCUUGGAACAAGGGAUCACCUGCUCCCACAGUGGAUUCCAUUGCUAGCAGAAUGUCCUGCUAUCGUUCGAAUGUAUGAAGAGAGUGCACUCCUUCGAGACCACAUGACUGUCAACUCCCUUAUCCGAGUUCUGCAGACCAUAAAGGAUUUCACCAUAGUCUUAGAAGGAUCACUAAUCAAAGGAGUAGAUGUGUAAACCAGGCGACAGAAGCUCUUCAUCCUCCCCUGACUUCCAAGCCCUCCUCAGCUUUGGGGACCUGUUUGGACUGCACUGAUCAUAGUGGGCCCUGCUGGGGCAAUGCACUGGAAGCCCCAGUUUGAACAAUCUCCACUCUGCAGACAAGGCAAAGUGCUGUAUUGUAGUUCAUUUGAACCCAAAAUUUAGUAUAAAAUAGAGUAUUUUCAUGUGUUAGAAGUGUGUAAAUAUGCUAUCUUUAAGAAAUUAUAUUACUGUAAUAAGAUACUUUUCUUAGAUUGAAUAUUCCCGUGACUUAAAAUAAGUAGCUUAACAAUGUUGGGGGUGGGAGAACGGUGCUAGUCAGGAAGAAGCCAGUUAUUGUGUAAAUAGUGCAACCCAGGCACUUCUCUUCCCUCCAGUAGAAUGCUUUGUUUGGAAGCAGCCAUUCCUCCUGGAGUUCUCAUCCUGUGUGUCAUGAAUGUGCAUAGCUCUUCAUAAUGUACAAAGUCCUCGUUGUAUCUUUAAGUUAUAAAUCACUUAAUGAGUCAUUUUUCCAGUUUUGAGAAAAAUUUUCAGAUGGCAUAAAGAAAAAAAAAAUUAAAGUAUUUUAAAUACCAAAUCACAGGGAGGCUUGGUGGCUCACACCUUAAAUCCUAGCACUGGGAGGCAGAGGCAGGUGGAUCUUUCAGAAUUGCAGGCCAGACAGCUACAUAGAAGAUGCUGUGUGUUCGAGCACACAGGCACACACACAUACCCAGAGAGUGCGCAAGCGAGCGUGCACACGUGUGCAAAUACCAGAUCCCAAGAGCUUGUCUAAUUGGAAAGAACACAAGAAGCCCUGAGAAGCAUGGAAUUAUAACAUCUUUACUUUGGAAAGAUUAACCUGGUUUAUUACUGUUAUUUGACAGUGCUUUGGAGAUAAUGAAUUUUCUCGUAUCAGCCAUACACUCAGAAUAAGUGCAAGAAGCAGUGUGACUUGGGACUUUAACUGAGCCAUCCAAACCCUGUAACAGAGAUAAACUGCCAGCUCUGUCUUUGUUAGAUUCCAACCAACCGCUCUGCUGCCCAUCCCCCCUCAGGAAACGGAAGGAAUGUGGGAGGAGGAGGGGGUCUCUGUGUGAUUUGGAAUGCUUUUGUGAAAGUAUUUGUUGACCAUGAUAAUGCAAAUAACAGAAGCAGAGAGAAAGAAUGAAGGCUUUCUGGGUGUUUCAGGGAAAUGUAAAGCUUUGGCCCAGAAACGUUAAAAGCUACUGCAGCAGGCUGAGGAGGCAAGUUGUUGAGACAAUUUGGGAAGCCCUGAAGUUAUAACUUUCUAGUUUGGUAGCUUGCUUAAGUUAAAUAAGUAUGUUAACAAUUACAGAAGUCUUCAUCUUCUGGUAAAUAAGUGGCAGAUCUAUAAUUAGGCACUGGCACCUUGUUAGUAGCAAGAUCGCCCCAGAAGAGCUCCAGGUUUUAUUCCCUGUUGUAGCUGAAAACCAGAGCCACAGGCUCUCAGGGUCCUGGCUCUUGCCAGCAGUGCUGUCUUCCUUAUUUACUGGAGGAGGAAAUUAAGAGAUAGGUGCCUCAAGUGUCCUUGUCAGGAACUGUAUAAAGCCAGGGAAUAGCUCCUGGUAGUGUGAGGAAAAGGGUUCCUGAAGGUGCACUUAGGAAGGCUUAGAGCAUGUUUCUAGAUGACCUGGCUAAGCCAGAGAUUUGUUUACGUAAAAUACAAGUGUUUAUAGAAGUCCGAGACUAUCCAAGGGACAGCUCUCCUAUGGGAAACAUCCAGAAGCUGUAUGUGCAUGCUCCAUACCAGGCUUUGUUGUCACUUUUCCCAUAGGGCUGACCGCCGGACAGAUCCACGCUGAAUCUGCUGCAGCCUCUUCAUGCUGUACAUGGAAGUAGAACACUUAAGAAUCAGAGACUCACUCUUGCUUCUCCCCCUGACAGCACAGGGUUUAGGCUUUAUGCUUUUCACCACACUAGACUGCAUAAAACCAACCUUCAAGACUUAUUAGUAUUUUCCUGUUGAAUUUUUAUUUGCCCGUGCGGAUAAGAAGCAAUAUUCCUGCGAUACUUAGUAAGGAUUGGUAUUUAAGUUAAAUUGUCUUUUUUUGUUUUUGUUUGUGAAACAGGAUCUCACUAUAGCCUUGGCUGGCCUUGGAACUCAUUUGUAGACCAGGCUGACCCGGAACUCACAGAUCUACCUCCUUCUACCUCCUAAGUGAGGGGAUUCAAGUGAGUGCUCUGCCCAGCACACUGUUCUUAACCUCUUAGACAUUAGUUUGUUGUAAAAGUGGGAGCAGAGUUACAUUCCAGCUUGGGUUUAAAACUUACUUAAAAAGUAAUACCAAAAGCAAAAAAGUUACCUAUAAGGUUUGUUCCACAUGAUAGCAUUUGGAUAGACUAGUGAAAUAACUCAUUAAAAAUACCAAGCACUGUCUCAGAGGCUGCCCUUCUCCUUGGUACAGCAUCUGCUCACACGGCGGGGCCUUGGUGGAGCUGCUUGACUGCCCCAGAAGCCCAUUCUUGUGAAUUUCCCAUUGCUGAUAAAGUUUAGCCUUACAGAAUAAGUCUAAUACGUAGAAACACCAUAAAGACCUUAGGGUAUGAUAAAUAAGGAAAACACUUCCACUGAGUUUGGGCUUACCUAUUGCAAAUGAUCGAGAAGUCAGACUUCUUGUGUGCUCAUAACAAACCGAACCCAUACGAGAAAUGCUCAUCUCACAACGCUAGCGGACUCUUCCCAAGCUGGCUUUGUAGGGGCCUACAGCAGGCAUCCUUCUUGCUGUGCUUCCCUAUUCUUUUUCUUUUUAACUAGUCCAGUGCUUUAGAAUCACCUCAGAGUAAAUGAUAGUCAAAACCACUUCUUUUUAUGUGUUUGUCCAAAUAAAUUUAAAGCAAAAUACCUGGGACCAAAAUUAAUAUUCCCAUAGUAAGGUUAAAACACCUUGUUUAAAAGUUAAAUGUGCAAGGAGAGAUGGCUGUGCAGUUAAGAGCACUGGCUGCUCUGGUGGAGGACGGAGGUUCAGCUGCCAGCACCCACACAGUAACAAAGCCCCCGGUUACCGCAGUUCCCGGGGAUCUAAUGCCCUCUUCUGACCUUCGUGGGCACCCAGCCUGGUGAACAUAUAUACAUGUAGGCAAAACACUCAUAAAAGAAAUAUUUAAUAAUAUUAAAUAUGCAGUGUCUGGUAGAGUGCUUAUGUAGCAUGUACAAAACCAAUUUUGCUUGUCUAUAGCAAGCAAAAAUAAAAUUGCCAAAAUCUUAACCUCUUCAAAAGCUUAUUCUUCAAGUAUUUUUCUUAAGUACUAGACCUCUGAUCGCAACCUUCAUGUCACCGUCCUGGUGGCCUUACAGCAGUUUGCAUAUCAGGUGUGAAGACCUCCCCAUGAUUUAUGAGGGUGCCUGGCACCGUACAGUGACUGGGCUUCUCCAUGUGAAGUAUGUGGAGUGAGAAAGUGGACUACCAGGAGCAAGGAAAGCCCCCUCCCCGACCCUAUUUCACACUGGGAGUGAAAGUCUGACAGAGGAAACCUAAAAUUGCAAUGGUUGAAAUUCAUCUAAAAUUCACUUUAAAUGUUUUCUAGCUCUGUGGGAUUUAUUUAACAUGACUUUAAGGAAAAAAAUUUUUUGUGUGUGUUUUGGGUUUUUUUUUGUGUGUGUGUGUGUAUUUUUUGGGGGUUGUUUUGUUUUGUUGAGACAGGGUUUCUCCGUGUAGCCUUGGCUGUCCUGGAACUCUGUAGACCAGGCUGGCCUCAAACUCAGAGAGUCCAUCUGCUGCUGCCUCCUGAGUGCUGGCACUAAAGUUGUGUACCACCAUGGCCCGGCUGAAGAAAAUAUUUUAAUGAACUUCUAGAACACUGUAUGAAUAAUACUCAGUUGCUUCUAUUUCCUUUUCUGACAGUAAGCACAUGUAUAAAUGUUAUGAAAAAUAUCUAGCAUGUGUCAGUAUCUAAAAUAUGAGGCAGUACACAAAGACAUCAAAUCCCCAGGGAAAUGUUAUAACGGCAUUGGGAAUAGAGCUCUUUAUAAUGUGAAAUAUCUUCUAAGAACAAUGGAUUCUCGGUAGAUUCUUCAUUUAGGGAAUUGUGAGUAUUUUCUGAAGCUUGUCUACCUUUUUCAUGGCGUUGAAAGGACAUUCUGAACUUAUAUAUUUCAGUAUUAACACACCUUUAUUGAUUGACAGCAGUGCUCUCUUCUGCUUUGAUAAAUACUAGCUCCAAGCCUCUGUCUUUUUUUGUUUGGUUGGUUGGUUGGCUUCGUUUUAGUUUUGAUUUCUUAAAGAAGAGUUUUUACAUAGGCCUGGCUGUUGUGGAUCCAACUCUGUGGACCAGGCUGGCCUUGAAUUCAUAGACGUCCACCUGCCCCUGCCUCCCCAGUCCUAGAAUCAAAGGCGUGCACCACACCCGGCAAGCAUCUGCACCUUUAGAAAAGCUUAUGUCUCUACUUAGUAUUAAAAAACAUAUCCAAAUCUGCUGAAUCUUAAACUGAAUUUUAAACUUUUUAAAGAGGUGUGCUUUUGUAGUGUGAUGGGAGGGAUCUAAGAAGGGCUGGAGUGGAGCUCGGUGGUAUAUAUGCUUCUCAUAGACACAGGGUCCUGGGUCCAGCACCCCAGAAAAAGAGAGACAGGAAAUCCAAGUAUGAUUGUACCUUCCCAAAUCUGAUUUCUCAAGGAUAAGAUAGAAUCUGAGUUCAGGAGGACACACUGAGGUAUUUGUGUUCAUAUCAGACUGAAAAAAAAAGUUCCAAAUAAACUUCCCUCCUCUUUAAAAGUAUUCUAGCAUAUCCUCAGCUAAUUAGGAAGAAGCCAUCCUUGGCCCAGGGCCUUCUGGGUUGGAUCCAACAUAUAUUUUAAACAAAUCUUGAUAUGGAUAGUAAGGAGUUUCUGUUGUCAGUCAAAUGAAGGUGUUAAAAAAAAUUAUUAAGCUACACAUGAGCCACAUACAAAGAUAUCCUAUGUUUGUUUUUGUUUUUAAUUACUAUUUCUGCAUUUAAAUUACACUGUUUUUCUUUGUAUUAUUAACAAUGUAUGUCAGAACUGGAACUUUCUCCCCCUCCGCAUCUGAACAUAAUAUAAAAUCUGAAGAGUAUUGUGAUAUUAAGCACUUUAACAUAUCAAACAAGCUGACAUGACAUGAAUUUUUCAGGUUUUGGAGUACAUUUAAAUAUGACUUUUCAUGCUUUGUUCUUUACAAAUAAAACUGUGGGGUUGAUACUUUG